GAAACGUUUAUGUUUCUGUACACUACAUUAUCGCUCGGUCCCUUGCGGCGACAUCUGUUAAAUUAUUAUGAAUGCUUCACAUUGAUGAAGAGCUAUAUCCGUUCUCCGUCACCUCGCUAGCAGGUGGGGCGGGGUCCCGAUGUGCCGGCUCCGGUUGCCAAGCAUUCUUGGCAUCGGCGCCAAAUCUAGCGUAGCGUUAUGGUGCUAAAUUUCAAGCAUCACGAGAGGUAAUAAACGACUCAUAAAUCAAAAUAUCGGAUGUGCCUCUGCUCUUGCGAUGGCUUCCAUGAGCAAAACUUACAUCGUCGAGCAUCUCGACCCAGAACUGGGAGCCUGGUCAGAGCUCGAAUACCUUGCCAUCGCCCGCGAGUCGCACGAUGCCGGGGCCAAGUUCUGUCUGUCAUCCCUCCCCCCGAACUUCAAGGUCCCCGAGGCAUUGAAGCAGAUUCCUUCCUUCACGGCUGAGAGUAGGGGAGUUGAAGAGAUUUAUGCCAAUGACAAGUCACGUGUGUGUCUACUCGACCCUGCUGCCGCCAGCGAUUUGGCACCGGAGGAUGGAGACAAGUUCGACGCAUUUCUCUUCGGCGGGAUUCUAGGAUAUGAUCCGCCGAGAGAUCGAACUUCGGAGUUGCGCAAGAAGGGUUUUGAAGGCCGCCGGCUUGGGCCGGUGCAGAUGACCACGGACACGGCAGUACGAGUUACUCGGAUGGUUGUCCAGGACAAAGCCCCUUUGAGCGAGAUUCCCUAUCUCGAUCACCCGGAGCUCAAGUUCAACGAACAUGAGAGCACCCAGAUGCCGUUCCGCUAUGUCAAGGGCGAGGAUGGGAAACCCGUCAUGCCGGAGGGCAUGGUUGAUCUGAUCAAAAAGGACUCUGACAAGGCAAUUGAUGAUCUAUUCUGAUGAUGCAGUGUUUGCUUUCAUCCUGUGAUACAUCUUGACCCGUUUGCCGUAGUCCCUUCGAUCCUCUGAUUGGUCCGGGUCUAAGUGGGGUUGUCUAUUGCAGCUUAUCUUGAAGCUCACGGUAUCUACGUACAAC